AUGACCCAGACAGACCCCUACGCCAAGUACGUUUGGCGCCAGACCGAACCCGGCGUCUGGAAACGCAGCCUAGACGAAGUCGAAGGAUUCUACGCCGGUGCUCACCUCAUCUACGCAGCCACCGGUCGAAAGUAUCGAUAUGUCACCGGCCAUUUCUCUCUCGACUUCCAACCCCCCUCAGGCUCGUCAGCCCAGGACAUCGAAGCCCGAGCCGACGACGCCCUGAAGAAGGCCUGGGUCGCGCUCCGCUACCGACACCCCACCAUCGCCAGCAAGACCGAGAGGGACCCCACCACCGGCGACUUCAUCAAGGUCUACCGAAACGGCCAUGCCGCCACCGCCACCGCCACCGCUACUGCCACCGCUACCCUUGACCUUGACGCCACCUUUGUCACCCUCCCUGCCACCCUCUCCGCCGAAGAACACGCCAACGCCGACCCUCCUCAUCCCGACUACUCUACCCUGAGCGUCAUCCCCACCCCGGGCUCGGAGGAGCCCGGUCGCCCGCUUCGCCGCGAGAUUUUCUUCCAGAUCGCCCACGACACCAUCGACGGCAUGGGCGGCUGGCUGCUGAUGGGCGACUACGUCAAGCUGGUCGGCCAAGCCUUCGAACAGGGCCGCGACUACCCCGUCCCCGUCUGCGACGGAUCCGAGGCCGACCGCCUCAGCCCGCCUCUCCGCGUCGCCGCCGCCAUCCCCCCCACCCCGACCGAGUCGCUGCAAAAGCGCCUCGCGAACCUCGGCGCCGAAUUCGCGGCCUCCCAGCCGCCCGAGGGCGCGCGCACCCUCUCGAUCCCGUACAAGAAGGGCGCCACCGUGGCCGGCAACCAGCAGGUCGUCCACCUCACCAUCGGCGAGGCGGAGAACGUCGCCAUCGCGCAGGCGUGCAAGGCUGCCGGUAUUUCCGUCACGCACGCCUUCCACACCGCCAUCCCUUUCGUCCUGCUGAACCUCCACGCCGGGGAGCGCGGGAGCGAACCCAUCCCCAUGCGCUACAGCAGCUUGCUCCUCCGCAACGAGCGGCCGAACUGCGUCCCGCCGUACGAUAAGGAGCACCCUGCCACCGUGUACCAUUCCAUCUCGGUGCAGGCUAUCCCGGUCGACUUGACGCUGCCGCCGCUGGGGGAGAAGGGAGAGCUGGAGGACGAAGAGAUCCGCAAGACGCGCUACUUGGAGGCCGCGCGCAUCGUGAAGUCGUGGUACCAGAAGUUCAGCGCCGAUCCGGAGUACGCGGCGCUGGGGAUCGCGGUGUAUGGGAACGUGUGGCCGGUUCCGCCCGUGGGUGCCGAGCCGGGACCGCCGCCGCCGCCGGAGGAGGAUGCGGCGGCGUUGUUGUCUAGUUUGGGGCGCAUUGAUGGGGUGAUUCCCUCGAAGCCGAGCGGGGCGCUUGAUGUGAGUGAUACGUGGAUGGUGGCGCAUAUCCUGGGCCCGGAGAUUGGUGUGUACUUGACGGGAUACCGCGGGAUUACAGAUUUCAGGAUCGCGUACAAUGAUGCGUGGCAUGACAGGGAGGAGAUGGAGGUGUUCCUGAGGAAGGUGCACUCUGAGGUGCUGUGGCAGCUUGGGAUUCAGGAGAAGUGA